AUGAAAUUAACCAUCGAAAACGUCAAAAAACUCUUCCAAGUGAUGAUUUUGAUGUCGGCAAAGUCGAGUGGAACUUUCGAAAUCGACGAGCUGAUUUUCAACUUUUUGGCGGCCCAAAAUGAGAAGGAACGAUUUUUUGGAGUGUUGGCUAUGAUUAUGAAGGUUCAGUGUGAAAUGGCGAAGAAGUGAGUUAGAUUUUUGGGUCAUUUUGAUAUCUCAUAAGCCUGGGUGGCCUAGGAAUCUUGAUAUUUGGAUUUCUAGGCCAUCUAGGCUUGUGAGAUAUCAAAAUUAUUGGAAAAUCAUCAAGAAUUCAAUUUUUUCAGACACACUGAAGCCCAAGAAACUGCAAUUCAAGAAUCGCUCACUAAAAUCGAGACGGCCACAAAAAGUUCGUCGAUUUUGCGCGGCGCCUUCUAUGCACAUUUCGCCGAAAUUGUCAAAAAUCAUCGACGAAACGAGGAGAUUCGAUGCGUCUCAAAAUUCGCCGCCAAAAUUGGCACAAUUUUCAAAACGCAAUUCUUCACCGAACCCGAAGAUGGUGCAAUGGGUUUUGUGCUCAAACCGGAUGAAGAACGAUUUUUGGAAGUUGUACCGAUGUUUAAUUUAAUUAAGGUGAGCAUUUUUUUUUUUGAUAUCCCACAAGCUGAGUGGCCGAAAAAACCAAGUUUUUGGUUCCCUAGGCCGUGAGAUUUGAAUUCAUGGGAGUUUUCCGAUCAUUUUGACACCUAUAUUGAUAUAGUUGCGAAAUCCUAAACUCUGCCCCUAUGGCUAUUAUACGAAGUGACUAUUAAUACAUAUAAAAGGUCUUUAAUUUCAUCAGGCAAUUUUUUAUAUAGUUUGCAGAAAAAACAGUAUAUUUAUGUACAAGCAAAAUUUAUUUUUCAAUUUUCACAAAAAAAACAUAAAAUAAUAUUACUUUUUUGAACAAUGUAAAAAAUAAUUGGUAAACAAAAAAUCAUAUCGGAAAAAUGUAGAUAAUUCAUGAUUCUCCUAAAAAUAUGUACAAAAAUAAAAAAAAAUUGGGCAAAGGUCUACAUUUUGAAAAAAAAAUUAAAUAGAAUAAAUUUUCACUUGAACAUUGUCAAAUGUACUGUUUUUUCGGUUUUCUCUUAGUUUCACAUUUUUCAGCAGGCAUUUUUUCGACUAUUCUUGUAGUUUGCGUCGCUUUUAUCAAUACAUCGUAGAGCUAGCGAUUUGCUAUCGAAUAUCGAGUAAAUGCUGUUGAUUAUAUUAUUCCUCAAAAUUAGUUUUGGGGUGAUUUGGACCAAUUUAUUUUUUCGCAACAAGCUUCCCGAUCUUUUUGGUUCCAUCUCGAUUCUGACAUGUGUGGUAUUUUUCAAAAUGUUUUUUGACUAUCUAUUUUGUCGAAGUUGUUCUUCGUAUCGCAUUCCGACUGGUUCCAGAAUAUUUGUAAUACGUUAUAGUAGAAGAAGAGUUUCCAAUUUUUGGAACUAAAUUGUUUUUCAUCUUAUGUAAUCCUUAGCGGUUGUAUUUUUCGGACUCCAUGAAAGUUUUCUAAGAACGUGUUCUUGUCUUUCUUCCAUCCGUAAUCCAAUAACUUUUUGGGUCUGUUGGAAUUGACCGACGCGAUAAAUCUUGAAAAUUUAUUGAUCGUUCUCAUUUUCUGAGCGUCUUGAUGUUGAAAAGAUUAGUUACAUGCAGUGGUUUAUUUUAUAUAUUUUUGGCUUUUAGUUGGUACUUAUGUACUUUUUUGCGGAAGCCGUGAGUGUGACUGCACUCCGACCCGGCACCUCUGACAGCUCGUCAUAUGUAUGUAUGUUGUAUGUAUUGAAAUGUGACAUCCUAUUUUAUGCUUGGUGUUGUCACUACUUUAUUUGUAUUUCUUUUGUUUCCCGCGGUGUUAGUAGCCUCAGGAUCAAGGAUCCUCUAACUGUUUCUAUUUAUAAGCACGUGCGUCUCUUACUAUUAUUAUAUAUAUAUAAUUUUUUUUGAAAAUUCCCCACCAAUAUGUUUCUUCCUUUCCCCCCUUUUAUCAUACCCCACGAGAAAAAAGAAAAGAAAACGACAUGUGUGUAAUGUAAUUAGCUCUCUCUAGACUCGGGCCUAGUUAGGGUAAAGAUUUUUUUUUUUUAAUUUUUCCUUCCGACCGCCGAAGCGGUGGAACCUCCAUGCGGGACUAAAGUGUUCCCCUUCCUAUUCUAGUCCCUGUCCCCGUGGUUAUUACGCGACGUGAUUAUACUGUGGGUGAUUAGAUAUGAAGUGGUUAAGCGUAAAAGCGUUUAUUAAAGUUAAAACAUAUAAAAUAAGUGAAGACCUCUAUGUAAGUAAAAGACUGCCUAUCCAGGCUGCGCCUCUUCCUUAUAUAGGGAAUUAUCUAGUCGGCAGCGUUGGCGAAUGGCGGCGCCACAACUCAAACUCAUUGUGUCGAGCUCGCGCGCUCGCAGAGUCGCCUCUCCCGGGAUCUUUUCAUAUUCAUAUUUAUACUUAUAUGUCGGUUUUCGGUGGGGGUCGGUCCUUCGGUGGGGGUCGGUGUUGUAUAUGUGUUGUAUAUAUUAAAAUGUGACUUCCUAUUCUAUGUUUGACGUUGUCGCUAAUUUAUUUCUAUUUCUUCUGUUUUCCCGCGGUGUUCAUUGCCGCAGGGUCAAGGAACCUCUAACUAUUUUUACUCACAAGCAUGUAUAUAUGUUACUAUUAUUCACGCCUUUUUAACUUGCAAAUUUGAAGAGAAACUGAGAAAAAGACAAAUCGAACUGCAAAAUUUUUUCGCGCUGCAGUACCAGUCAAAAAUUUAUUCAUUUUCCAUUUUUAAAACUUUUUCUUACGGUUUUUCUUCUCGAAUUCCGUAUUUUUGAUCUAUUUUUACGCGCGACAAACAGAAAAAAGCAAGAGAAACAGCCAAAAAAGUGAAAAAAAAAUGGAAAAUGAAUAAACAUUUGACUGGUAUUGCAGCGCGAAAAAAAUUUGCAGUUCGAUUUGUCUUUUUCUCAGUUUCUCUUCAAAUUUGCAAAUUUUCCUUGUUUCAAAAAGGCGUGUAUUAUGUUUCUUUUUUUUCUAGAUUUCUUUCUUAACUAUAUAUGUUUCCCUUCCCUCAUUAUCAUUCCCUCCCCCCCCACGAAACGAAAUAUGAGUAAUACAAUAAAAGACAACGUAAUUACACCACAUGUCUAAUUUCUCGAGGGUCGUAUAUGUUUUGUAUAGAUUUAAUUAAAAGAAAAGGAUGUUUGUUUCCAUUGGUAGAUGGGUAUAACGUGUGGCGUAUAUUCAGUUGCCCGCUGUGCUCUCCCAAUUUCCUUUCUUUUAACCAAAACUCUACGUUUUUUGACUACUGUAGCUCCUCCUUUCCCCGUCUGUCUCUUUUUUUUGACAAGUAAAAGGAGAAUUUGAAAUUCUUGAACUAAAUAAAGAAAUUUGGAAUUUUUAUAUUUUGAAAUUAUUUUUGCUCGACAGACGGGUGGGUUGGAUCAGAGAUAAGAAUUUUACAAAAUCAGAACAAGUAAUACUUGAGAUCAGCAAUGCAAUUUAAUACAUGUAUUCCAGACAAGUCAGAGGUUGGAUAAAUUCUACAAAAACAGAAGUGUGUAAUGGGAAUCGGGAAAAUACCUAAUUUAUUUGGCGAUCAGAAAACGAUUUUUUGUUGGCAAGACUCGGGCCUAGUUAGGGUAGAAAUUUUCCUGUCCGACCGCCGAGGCGGUGGAACCUCCAUCGGAAUGAUCCCUUCCUAAUCUAAACCUUGUCCCCGUGAAUAUUCUAUGAAAUGAGUAUAAAUGUAUUUAAGUAUGAAAAGGAUUUACUAUGAAAAGGUUAAAAUAAAUGAGAGAUAAAUAUGUAAGCAAACCUCUAUAUGAGUGAAAGACUGCCUAUCCAGGCUGCGUCUCCUCCUUAUAUAGAAAAUGAUCUAGUCGGCACCGUGUCGGUGGGCGGAGCAUACGUUGUCCAAAGGGCACCACAUCUCACCAAUUUUUUAAAUCACAUGGCCUAGAAAACCAAAAGUCUUGAAUCCUAGGGCACAUUUUCUCAAAAAUCGAUUUUCAGGAGCUGUGUGUUCUUCAAAAUCGUUGGCACGAAGAUGACGACGAUUCGAUGCAAUCGAGUUACGAUAUCAACAUUCUCACCGAGCUCAAUUUCACAAUCGAAGCUCAAAUCUUCACUCAUCCAGCCAGUUCUGAAGUGACACGUGAUGAAAAAAUGCGCCAGCAAUUUUUUGUCAUUCAAUGGUGUAGAAGUGUGAGUUUUGUCGGGUAGAUCACUCUCGGUCGAUCAUUUUGACACCCAUAUUGGCGUAGUUACGAGAAACUGUGCCAGGCUUGCAAAUGGGCGUAGCUUGCAAUUUUGCGGCAUGGUUUUUGAAAAUUGUACAGAAAUAGGUUAAUAUGGGGCUCGAAAUGAUUGUAAUCAUCUCACAAAUCUAAAUAUAGGCUUAAAAUAAUCUUUAAUAGCAAUUUUCAGCUUCUCAACGCAUUUUUCGGUCAAUCCUCAAUCGAUGAAAACAUCUCAAAAUCGUCGCUAAAAAUCUUCUACCAAAUGAUGGAUGCCGAGAAAAGGUUGCUUCAAAACAUCCAAAAUGUUGCCACGUGGCGAAUUCCGAAUCUCGAUUUUGAAAAUUUCGAAAUUGAGGCUGCGGCGAAACCCGGAAAGCGUCGGGCAAAAAAACGAAAAAUCAACGAAGAAAAUGAGGUUUUGGUUGAAGAAGAAGCUGUGGAGGAAAAGGAAAAUGUGGAUGAUUUGGGUCUUGAGGCGAAUUUGCGCGAGUAUUAUGUGCCUUUGAAGAUUCGACCAGUUUCCCAUUUAUUGCAGGUGGGUCGCGGUUUUGUGGGUGGGGCUUGGACAUCACUGCAGCUGGGAAGUUUAACAACGGUUGAUUAACCACACCUCGGCCAAGCCGUGGCUGGCCAGAGUACAAUUUUUUGAAGAAUCUGAAUUUCAGUUUUUAGAGAUCAAAAAUUGAAAAAGCACAAUUUUUAGAGGACAAAAAUUUAAAAAUUCAAAAUUUUUGUACUGUAAAAAGUUAGAGUACAAUUUUUUAUUGUGGAAACCACGAUUUUGGCCGAGGUGUGUGAUUAACGGUUGGUAAAAACUGAUUUUAAUCAACGGAGUUCCAACGCUUAACCCACCGUUAAUGAACCGCGGAUUAACCAAUUUUUAAAUUUUGAAAAUUACCCAAAUCAAUGAAAAUAGGUUCCCGGCUACUUUUUUGGGUGUUAAGUAUUUUUAAAAAUUUUGAAAAUUUUCAUGAUUUAAUCCACGGUUAAUCAACGGGGAUCAACCGUGGAUUAAAUAUUGGUACUUCGUUGAUUAAUUUCAUUAAAGUUGGUUUAUAAACCGUUAAUCAACCGUUCUUAAACCUCCCGACUGCUGUGAUUUUUCACUGAAAUUUCGAAUUGUCUACAUUACGACGAUUAUUUUGACCCCCGUUAUGAUAAAGUACGAAAAAUUGUGCCAGACUUGCAAAGUGGGCAUGGCUUGCAAUUUUGCGGCAUGGUUUUUCGAAAUUAACCGAAUUUAGUCAAUUUCGGGCUCAAAAUUAUCGUAAUCACUCCAGGAAUCGCAAUAAGUCAAUAAAAAAUUUGUUAGAAAUUAAGCCACGCCCCCAAAACUAUGCCGCAAAAAAAAAAAUACAUUUUGCAGCUUGCCCGAACCAAAAGAAGUUGCCUGAUCUACCUAUGCAAUGAACUUUCGAAAAUCAUUCAAGACCUGAUCAAAAUGCGCGCCAAAAAAUCGAUAUCCGGAUUUUUAGCGCAGCGUCAACAAACCACGCCCACAAAACCGUGCGGCCGUCAAAAAAUCGAUAAAUUUUAUCACGGCGAUUCGCUGACAAUCUGGAAUUGUAUCAAAAAAUCGAUGGAGGAAAUUUGGUCGAUUAUUGAAAAUGUUUUUGAAUUUUUUGAGCAUUUGGAAGAAAAUGUGGAGAAUUCUGGCGAAAAAUUGGAGCGCGACAUGGAAAAUUUGGUUGAAAAAUGUCUGAAAAUAUUGAAUUUUGUACUUGGAGCCGAGCUUUUUGGAAAUCCCAAUGAAAAAUUGACGAAUGCCGAGAAAAAUGAGAAAAAAUCGGUGAUUUUCAUGAUUUUGGAGCGGAAAAUAAAUGCGGAAAGUGCUUCCGCAACCUCAAAAAGCGAUCCGGAAGCGGCGCGUUUUGAAAUCGCCAAAUAUUUACUGAAAAACGCGAAAAAUGCGAUGAAUCCAACGAUUGCUCAGCUUAUACUGGAGACUUUUGAGAACUUGAAAAUCUCGCCGGAAAAAUCGGAGCUCUCCAGAAAUAUGGCCAAAUUUGCGUUGAGUUAUUUGAAGAAAGAUUGGAGCGGAUCUUCAGAUGGAAAAGGAGCCAGAUUCAAUUCGGCUGCGCGGGAUAUUUUGAGGUAAGUGUGGUAGAAAUGGAUUUUGGAGCAUUUUGAGCCCAAAUUUGAUAUAUUUUGAAGAAUUUUGACCAUCUUUACUAGUUUCGGGCUGAAAAUUAGAAUUCCUGAGGCUUUUGCGAUUAUUUUGACACUCAUAUUGAUAUAAUUACAGAAAAGUGUGCGAGACUUGCAAAGUAGGCGUGGCUUGCAAUUUUGCGGCAUGGUUUUUUGAGAAUCCUUAGAAUUAAGACAAUAUGGGGCUCAAAAUUAUGGUAAUCACUUCAGGAAGCUAAAUAUAGCUAGAAAAAUUAGUGAAAAAUUAAGCCACGCCCACUUUUGCAAAUUGCGGCAUGGUUUUUUGAAAGUUUUCAGAAAUACAUCAAUAUGGGUCUCAAAGUUAUCGUGAUCACUUCAAGAAUCCAGGUAAUUUAAUGAAUUUCUGUUAAAAAUUAUGCCACGCCCACCACACAGUUUUUCUCGACAAAUUUAGUAUUAAAAUGCUCGGAAAAUUAAGCCACGCCCCUUUUUGCAACCCUCGCACAUUUUAUCUAUUCUUUUGCAGACACUACAUCAGUCUUCGUAAAGAAAAUGAGCAAAUUUCGGCUAUCAAAUGGCUUUUGACAAAUAAAGUUGUGCAAUUGGUGAGAUUUUCUAUUUAAAGAAAAAAUAUCAUCCAAAAAAAAUUAACUCCAGGUUCCUGAUACGGAUAAACGCCAAUCUACCGUACUCUCGCAACAAUCUGAGGAUGUUUUGAUGGAAAAAGAGGACGAAAAUGCACCGUUUUAUUGUAUUAAUAAGUGAGUGGACCUUUUUGGGCACGAAAUCUAGAUUCCUGAGACGAUUACGGUCAUUUUGAGCCCCAUAUUGAUCUAUUUCUGAUAAUUUUUGAAAACCGUGCCGCAAACUUGCAAGCCACGCCCACUUUGCAAGUCUGGCACAAUUUUUUGUAACUAUCAUUAUGGGCAUCAAAAUGGUUCUUCUCUUAUAAUCUACCUAAGUACUGCUCUAAAAAUUUCAAAAUUAAAUUUCAGGUCAACUUUCCCGUUCAUCUUCAAAACCCUCUUCUCGAUGUUGAAUUCGUGUGUGACGAAAAAGGAAUUGAGUGCACAAGCGUUGAAAAGUGAUCAAAUUACAGGUAAGAAAAGUGUGCCAGGGUUGCAGAAAUAGGCGGGGUGAUCAUUUUGAGACCGAAUUUGAUGGGAAAACUAUGCCGCAUUUUUGCAAAAUGGGCGGGGCCUUAAUUUUCACAAAACAUGAUCAAAAUCGGUCUCAAAGUUAUCGUAGUCAUCUCAGGAAUUGGUUGAACAUUAAGCUCCGCCCACUUUUGCAGGUUACGGCAUAGUUUUCGAAAUUGAUAAAACUAGGUCAAUAUGGAGCUCAAAAUGAUUGUCUUAACAUGAGCAAUCUCAAUUUUCAAUCGAAAAUUCGAAAUUUUCAGAAGAAGACAGCUUGACCUACUGGGAGAAUGCCUCCUCGUGUUUCCUGAUUCUUUGUCUUUUGCUACGUGUCGCCAAAAUUCGAACUGUCAAUGUUUUGUACACGGCAAUCAAGGAGGGAAAACAAUUCUUCAUCAAUGUGUCGAGAAAAAGGUAAAUCCGUGCGGCAAAAUUGCAAAAAGGGGCUUGGUCUGGGUUUUCUCAUCAUUUUGAUACCGAAUUUGACAGAUUAUGAGGGAAACCGUGCCGCAGAUUGCAGAAAAGGGGCGUGGCUUGAUUUUGCAAGCAUGGCAUAAUUUUGGUGAGUUUUACGAUCCUUUCUGCAAGUCUGGAACGGUUUUUCUAGCUUAAAAUAAUCAGAAGAUUAAGCCACGCCCCUUUUCUGCAAGCCUGGCAAAGUUUUAUCUCAAAAUGCUCCAAAUUUUGCAGCUCAUUUAUUUAUCUCGUCGACAACAUUACAACCGGUCAAAACUUCGAAAUAAUCAGCACAAAAAUCGAGCGAAUCAUCACGGCAAUUCAAAAUGGAAAUCGAGUAUUGCAAGCGAUCGGCACCUAUGCGAAAACGUCGAAAUGCGUGAAUUUGCUCAAAAAAUUCCCCGAACUUCGCGCCGAAUCCGAAAAUUGUCUUCGAAUUAUUCAUUCGGCAAUGGUAAAGAAUGAGUGUUUGGAUGCGUUCACUGUGGGAAGAUUGAAGGGUAGAGAUAUUGAUGUGAGUCUUAAAUAGUUUGCCUAACUUUUUGGGGGAAUUUGGCUGAAAUUUCCCAAAUCCACGUGGCAAAAAUUCCUAAAAAUCAGUUAUUCGAAAUUUUGAUUCUACUCCAAAUUUCGCGACUUCAAUAUGUCACGUGGCAAAAGCUUGAUAACUUUCCAGCCAAAUUUCGUGAUUGCUUUGUAAAAUUUCAAAAUUUUGCAAAUUUCAGGGUGGAAUCAUCACCGAAAAUCGAGAUUCGGGCGACGAAUGA